UCCGCUUCCUCGGGCGCGGGGCCUUGUGGGAGCGCGGGCGCCUUUCCCGCCGCCGCCCCGCGCUGAGGGCGGCGAGCGCGGCCGCCGCCAUGUCCCAGGCGGACCCCGAGCUGCUGCUGCGGGAGCUGGGCGGCUGGGACUGGGAGCUCUGCCGCCGGGAGCUGCCCGCCGUGCUGCCCCGGCUCCUGUCAAUGUAUGAAGAGUCUGAGGACUGGACUGAGCAUAUUCGUAUUCUGAGGAUCCUGACUGAAAUGUUUUUGCCACAUAUCAGCCUUGAAGAUGUGGAAGAAAUUUUUUUCUCAAAGGUAUUACCUAAGACUCUACAGUUCUUUGAUAACUUGAUGUGUGAAUUAUCCAGCAAGGCCAAAGGACUGACCAGCCAGAGUACAGAGUCAUGCAGCACUGUGAGGAAUCUGCUACAGGCGCUGGUGCAGCUGCUGGAGAUGCUGACGGGCUGCGUGCGCUGCGUGUGCUCGGCGCAGGAGCUGUCCCUGCGCAGCGUCCGCUCCCUGCCUCCCUCCGUCCUCUGCGUGCUGAAGGGCACCUUCACACACUGCAAGGACAGUGAAUCAGUGUACUAUGGGCACCUGCACUUAAUUUCUGACCUCCUACAAUCCAUGUUCAAGGAAACUUACUCCCUUCAGAAGCAGCUGAUGGAACUGGUUGAUCUGAUUUCCAUGGGCUCUGCUUCCACUGAAGAUGACAUCACAUAUAUGGUGUCAGUAAUCCACAGUGUGCUGGAGAUCUGCUCUGUCAUUUCCAAUAUGGACCAUGCUCUUCAUGCCAACACGUGGAAGUUCAUAAUCAAGCAAAGCCUGAAGCAUCACUCCCUGCUGCAGUGCCACCUGAAGCACAGUGACAUCCUCAAUGGCCUGUGCAAGGACAUUCUUCUUUCUUUUGACUCCUGUUUGCAGCUGGCUGAGCAGAUGAAGGUGUCAGAGAUACAGGAGGGCACUGACUUCAGGCUGUUCCAGAAGACAGUGAAACUGUGCAGGUUCUUUGCUAACUCCCUUGUACACUACACCAAGGAAUUUCGUGCCUGCCUCUCUGAUUCCUGUUCUCAGUUGCAUCAGCUCUUUCUUCAGAUAUACAGCAAAUUUCCUCCCAGUCUUUAUGCUCCAGAGAUCUUGGAAGUUCAUCAAGAUGAAAUAUCCCAGGUUUUUCUUGUGGCUCUGGACCCUCUCAUCACCCAGCUCCUUCCCUUUAGUCCUUUCAUGGAACAAGUGUUAAGUGAAAAUUUAGAUCUCCCUCCUGAGCAGCAGCUGCCCCACUGUCUCCUCCUGCUUACCAUAAUGGACAAGCUGUCCUCUCAGCCAGAAGAAGUGCAAACUCUCUGGAACACAGGAAAAAGCCUGUCUUUGUUUUCAGCUCUCUUCCUCAGUUUCCAGCAAUGUUGUGGGGAGCUUUCCCUCCCUGUCUGUGUGCCAGAGGUGGUCAGUACAGGACAGCCAGCAGUUCCCAUCACCCUCUAUCACUAUGUCUGUGUCCACCUGUGCUCCUUCAUUGCUUCCACACUCCCAUCACACUUCCCUCAGCUGGAGCGUGCCCUGCUGGAAGCUUUGCUGGGUCCCAGUAUGAUCACAUCCCUGCUAGCAAUGGACUCCUGGUGCUUCCUUGCCCGGUAUGGAACAGCUGAGCUGUGUGCUCACCACGUUAAUGUGAUUGCCCACUUGGUAAAGGCUUGGCCCAGUGACUGCUGCCAGCUCCCUGCCCUGGCUGUGCUGCUGAGGCGGAUGCUGUUCCUCAUGGCUCCAGAGCAUCAGGUAGAAUUUGCUCGUGAAUUUCCCCCUGAAGAGGUGGAGAGCUUGGCUGUGUGGCAGCACGUGUCCCUCAGAGCCCUGAAUCCCGACCUUAGGGCACGAGUGGCGUCUCAGCUGUGCAGGGCAGGGCUGGCGCGGUGCCGGCAGUGGCUGAACAGCGGCCGCGCCUUGGGAGGGCUCCCUCCCGUGAACACUGCCCUUUCUGUCCUGCUGGCUGCCUGCAGUUCUGCUGAUGCCACUCUGGAGGCAGAACUUAGGACAUCUGUCUUGGGAGUGCUCAGUCAGUUCUGGUCUUUUCUCCAGGCUAAGCAGGUCUCAGAUGAGCCAUGUCUCCAGAAGACACUGUGUUUAUUGCUUCACCUUUUGGAAUUUUUCAUCCAAGCAUUAGAUGCUCAACUGAUGACCCAGGUGUUUGCACUGCAGUCAUCCCUGCUCCAGCUGCAUCCCCCAGAUCAUGUCCGGCUAGCAAUGGUGGAUUUCCUGUCUUCCAUGGGAAAGGUGUUUAUUCCACAAGAAGCACAGAGGCAGGUUGUGCCCCAGCUGUCCUCUCUGUUUGCCUCUCUGCUGGCUGACCAGACCUGGCUGAUUCACCAGCACGCACUGGAGGCAUUCACACAUUUUGCAGAGGAAACAAGACAUGAAGAUGUUGUUCCUUGGUGCCUUAAUUCUGAAGAAGCUAAGAACCAAGUUGUUAAUUUUCUGGCUAAGACAAGGCAGGUGGAAGAGACAAGAGAAGCACGGACAGAACGCCUGAAGCAAGAAAGGAUUACCUGGAGUGCACAGGUUUUGAAAGGGGAUGGAGAAUUGGAGUCAACAGGAGAGCCUGUGGCCAAAAGAGCCUGUCACCCGCCCUCUGAGGAGCAGUACAAGGCAGCAGUGGGCACCAUGGAGGGAGCAGUGGAGACUGUGAAGCUGCUGCUCCAGAAAGGGGCCCCUCCAGGCUGGCUUGCAGUGAAGCUGGAGGCUCUGCACACAGCCAUAGCCACCCUCAGGGACAGCCUGAGAGAGAAGCCUCUGCUCCUGCCUGAGGACAGCACAAACCAGGAGCCAGAACCACAUCCUGAAACACCCAGAUCAGGGGCUGGCACAAGCACAUCCAGCUGGCACAGGAAGCUGCUGGGGCCUCAAACUGCCUCAGAGCUGCUGGCAUCUCCUGUGAAGAGCUACAGUCAAAACUGCAGCAAAGAGUCCUCUCACUCCACACCCUGGUCCAUUGCAAGGAUUUUCCUGCUGCUUUGGAAAGGCUGUUCUACCUACCACACAAGGGAAGGUUCCCUUGCACAAAGGGAAUCCCCCUUUGAAACCACUUCCAUCUAAUGAGGCCAACAGAUUGGGUUUAUCAGGGUUUAAUUUUGUGUAACUGCUCUUGUCUGUCAGAUUUUAAUUUGUAAAAUAUUAAAUAUCAGUUACUGCUGUCUCUCUAUGCCUGGAGGAGACCAAGAGAAGGGUGCACAUGCUGGGAAGGCCCCUCUGCCUGAUGGAAGGGCAGCACUCCCCUGUCUUUAAGCAAAGUCUUCAUCUCCUCCCUCAGAAAACACUGCUGACACAGAGAUAGUGAGAAACACUCUGAAUGUUCCUGCUAAGGAUCCCCAUUCUCCUCUUCUCCACUUAAACCUCAAACUAAUUAAAAAUAACUGAUGUAUAAAAUAGGCAGGAAAACAGCUCUGUGAGAACACCAAGGCUCUUUUAUAUGGAAAAAUUAAAAAUCAGCUUCUCCCCUUUUCAGGUGUAGAUAAUGCCAUGAUUACACAGAAAAUUCCCUCACAGAAAUAUUCUUGGGGACCACAGCAGUGGGAUUUACUGCAAGAUGUUCCACUUCUGCAGCUGAGACAUCCAUUACAGCAACAGCUUUAUCUUGGCACCACAUGAUUAAUUCACCCAGCAAGUCUUACUGCAAACUCUCAGUGGCUGCUGCAUCCCUCUGGAGGCUGGGGAGCAUCAGGAAGAUGCAGAGCCCAGCAGGGACUGCUCCUCCCAAACACCAAACCAGUCACAAGGAACUGGGAAACAAGAGGUGGAGAGUUUCCUCUUUGAUAGGGCUCUUACUUUGGCUGGAGUACACAAAAUAUCACAGAGUGAACAAUGUUGUGCCAAAGCCACCAAAUCUGCCACCUGGGGAAGCACCUCUGGCCAGGAGCCUUCCCAGGUCACCCACAAUCCAUUUGCAGAAGUGUGCUGAAACAAGAAGCUUCCACAUUACAGUUCCUUCACUUACUUGAAAAAUUCAGUUUUCUCCUCUUCAGACUUUAGUGUUAAGGUCUUCAGAAAAUUCACAACUUCCAGAAAAUCAUUCCUAAGCACAAAACCAAAAGCUGUCAAGGGUAACCCUUACUGAUGCUUAAACACCCACUAUGAAGAGACUGAAACCCCCCACCACUCCUUUAGCAGAGAGAAGAGACAGAGGGACCAAGUGAAAUGCUGGUGAUCAAGAGUGCCAGCAAGGAGGUGACAGCUGAAGGCUGCUGCUCAGCACUCCUUUGGGAGGGCUGGUAACACCUUAACUCAAGGAGCCUCUUGGUGAAGGAUCCCUGCAAGAGGCAGGGAUUAAGUCUGCACGCCCAUCCCACCUUCAAAGCAGUAUCAAGACCAAGAGAGGCCUGAUACUCCUGUCCUUACCUGAAGAACUCAUGUGACAACAGGCUGGACAGUGGUGGGCGGCACUUGGGGUCUGGAUUCAGCAGUGUACAGUGCAAGGUUUGCUGAAAGCUGGAGAGAAUAUCUGCUGAAACUGAAAUCCAGAGCACCUACAGUUAGACUUCUCUCUCCACACUGAACAAGAUACAUUCAGGGCUCCUCCACCCUCACCCCCAAAAACUUAUUUUUAGCAAAAGUGCAAAAGGAGGGGGAAAAUAGCAUUUCCAUUUCCUAACUUCCUAACCUGCCUGGCUACUGGGCCUCCAAGGAGUGCUACUGCUCUCCCAAGAAACUUCUGCUGCCUCUCUGCUGGAAGUGGCAGCCCCUGCUCAGCUCUGGCUCUCAAGAGCCACCUGCCACAUCCAUAACCCUUGGCAGGACCAGAGCAGGUUUGGGAGUGCCCUUGUCACACGGGCUGGUGACCUCCAGCCACAUCUGACCACGUCCCCACAGGAAAGGGGGAACACAGGACAAAAAGUCUGCAAACAAGGAACAACACUGGCCACUGAGCCCACAACACUCCCGGCAGCUGCAGAGCAGGUGGAAGUGAACCACAGGGCCUGUCACCAGGAAAAUAAACCAGUGCCAUUCUCACCCUGAUCAUUGAGAACUGUCAGGAGAUUCUCAACUGUUGUCCCAAAGGCGUAGGCGUCCCUCGCAUGCCCGUAGCUGCUGGGCAGGAUUUUGAAGUCUGCAGACUGAAAACAAAACAAAAAAAGCCCAGCAAAGCAGGAGCUUAUGAAAUAAGUGGUGUUUUCCAUAAGUCUUUUUUCCCACCCCCCACCAUAUACACUCUGUAGUUCUUUUUAUAGCUCCAAAGCUCCACUGUGUACCCUACAAGUAGAAUAUUAUGCUAAAAAAAUCUCUACUGGGGAAUUUAUAACCCAAAGGAGCAACUCCAUCAUGAUGAAACAACUCCCUGAUGAAUGUAGGCAGUCAACAGCUUUCAGCAUUUCUAUGGAAACAGGCAGUAAUUAGAGAGCAGAAGCGUGCUCCUUCAGCACAAGCAGCUCCAAGGAUUCUCAAUGGCUAGGAAGUGACUAACAGGUAGGGAAAAGGCUGUGCUGAGUUACACAACCACGGGACCACACUGGUCUGGGCACUGUCAGCAGCUUCUCUGAUUUUUGCAAAACUUUGGCGAUUUAGAAGCAACACAAAGAGUUUGAAAAGCAGCAUUACCUCUGCCCAACACCAUUCCCAAAGCAGGGAUGGGACAGAGGGACAAAAGGAAACCUCAGCUAUGAUCCAAGAGCCAUUUCCAUGCAUGAGGAAAUACAACAUGAAUGUAAAAGUAUUUCCUGACCACCAGGAUUUCUCUGCUGGCAGCAGGGAGCCCCUGAGCUGUCACUCACCAUCUCCUCGCAGGGGAUGCACGACUGGUCUCGCACCGACUGCACAUGACGCAGGAACUGCAAGGACAAGAGGGGCCGUGAGUGCCUCCCUGUCCCCUCAGUGCCAGGCAGCAGGGCAGGCUGUGCCCCUGCCCCUUCUGCUGACACCCAGGGCAGGCUGUGCCUAACUCUGCACAGCAGGCAGCAGAAAUCAAAACAGGAAUUGUUCUUUCCGCUACCAAGCAGUGAAAAUGCCACCAACGCCAGCUAAGGAGGUAUUUAAAUUAUUUUCCUUAAUGGCUCAUUUUGACCCAAAUCUUCCUGCUCUUUUUAAAUUUUUGUAUCAGUCCAGAAGGCCAAAAUUUCUCACUCUCCAGCCAGCAGUGUCCCUUAGAAAAGCAGCUGUGUUUUGGAUAAUAGAGAAUUAAUUUGUGUGGACAUUUUAGUUUAUAGCAAUGGUGUCCUCAGAGCAAAGAUCCAGGACAGAGCUGGAAGUGGGCCAACACAUUUAAUAGCAAAUCCAGCUAAGUGGAAGGACUUGGGCCUUCACACCCACAGAUGGCCAGAUUCCACAGGCCAGGAAUCCUCCCCUGGGCAUCCAGGGUGCACUUGGCUUGGCUCUUACCUCUGGGGUGGCUUCACUGAAUUUACAGACUGUUUCCAUUCCUCCCAGCUUCCAGUGCCCAUCCUCACUCACAAACACGGAUGACAAACAGACGUUGUUAUGAGUUAGGUUUCCCUAAAACACAAAAGCCAAAAAAAGGGUAACUGACUUGGGGGAGAGGUGAAAAUGUAGAAUCGUAAUCAGCACUAAUUAGGUACUGCGGGGGGUUGAGGGAAAGCUGCCCAAAACCCACACAGUUCCUGUGGGAUUUUGUAGGUGACCAGCAGGUGCCAGGCAGGAGAGCCAGAGCAGACAAAGCACUAAUUGUCACAGUCCCUGCAAUGCAACUGUAAAUCCAGGGAAUUUCUCCAACUGUGAACACAAAAACCCAGAGCUACAGUCUGAGCUGGGAUUUACCUGCACUCCUGGGCAAACACACAGUGCCCACACAGGACAGCAGUGACACCAAUCUCUGGCAUGGGACAACAGCUCUACACAAACACCAAGGCCAAGCAAUCCCAGUUCCCUAAAGGAAGAAGUACUCCAAGCAGAUCCAUGAACUGAGAACUGCUUGUUCCCUCAUUUCCACAACAUUUUCAAUUACCCCUUCUCCUCCAAAGCAGGCAAGUUUAGCAGUUUCAGCCUGCAAGAACUGUGGGGCACAUGUCUGUCUUUUUUGGGAGGAAUCAGCAGUGAGUCACCCAGACAAGCCCAGGUGCCACUGUCCUAUUUUCUGGAAAAAUCCUUUUGCCAGGAUUCCUCUCCUGGGAAGCUGAGAAGCCUCAGAGAAAAAGGAAAACAAUAUUAUCUCAUUUGUUUCUCCUGUCUUUUGCUGCUUUGGAAUGUGGUUGGAAAUUGUUUCAUUGUUUUCAUGUGAAUUAUUUUGACUUAUUGGCCAAUCAGGGUCAGGCUGUGUCAGACUCUGAAGAUAGUAACGAGUUUUCAUUAUUAUCUUUUUAGCAUUCUGUAAGUAUCCUUUCUGUAUUCUUUAGUAUAGUUUAGUAUUCUUUAAUAUAAUAUAGAUUAUAAAAUAAUAAAUUAGCCUUCUGAGAACAUGGAGCCAGAUGUAUCAUUCCUGCUUUUGUCUGGGAACCCCACAAACACACGACCCAGGUACAACUGUCA